AUGCCCGACGACACAUCCAAAUCAGCAUCUAUUCCCUCAUGGCAGAGGUCCAAUAAAACCGCCGAGGAGUCGCCAUCGCCGAACCCCGACGAUGCGCCCGCAACUACAGCCUCCACAUCCCGACAAGCUCUCCUAGACCAAGCAUCCAAAUUCUUAGAAGACGAGUCAAUCCGUGAUGCACCAAUAGAGCGCAAAGUCUCAUUCCUCGAGUCCAAAGGCCUGAGCUCAGACGAUAUCGAGCACGUCCUUGGUGUCUCUCGCAAUGGAGAGCCGAGCGGCAGCUCAACCACAGCCGAAAACAAGACACCGGAAGAGACACCUUCUACCUCACCCACUCAAUCCGAAGCCACCCCUUCUCCUCCCACCACUUCACCACCACCCUCCAACACUAUGCCUCGAUCACACCCAGCACCAGCGCCAACCGCGGCCCCCCGCGAUGUCCCCCCAAUAAUCACCUACCCCGAAUUCCUCUUCGAGUCAUCCAAGCCGCCACCCCUCGUGACAAUGCGCAGCCUCCUGUAUACACUAUACGGAGCCGCAGGCCUAGGAGCAAGUCUCUACGGCGCAAGCGAGUACCUUGUGAAACCCAUGCUAGCGAACCUAACGAGCGCAAGACACGAGCUCGCCAGCACAGCAGAAACAAACCUGCAAAAGCUAAACGAGAAGCUGGAGAAGACCGUAUCCGUGAUCCCGGCGGAGUUAACAGCACGCAAGAGCAAACCCUACAGCGACGAAGAAGACGACGACGCCUCGUCAAUCACCUCGGAUCCAACCGAGCUGUUCCACCGGGACGUCGCAACACAGACGAGUCCAGAGCCUACUACAGUGGUCAGCACCACUGGUGCCGUCAAUUCGGCAGACCUGGCGGCCGUCUCUCCAUCGACGGCGGUUAAUAACCACAUCAGUCGCGUUGAAUCUAUUACCUCGAAGCUGCGUGAGAUCGUCGACUCGGAGAAGGAUGCGGGUACGUUGGAUGACUCGAUGCGAACACGUCUCACGGAGUUGCAUCAUUAUUGUGAUGGGUUGAUCUAUAGUGGUCCUACGUACUCUACUGGGUCGGCGUAUGGGGUCUGGAAUUCUAAUACCUCGGGCUCGAACGAUAGCUCUGGUAUGCGAAAGGCGGAAGAUGAGGCUAUUGCUGGAUUUAGGGCUGAUAUUCGCGGUGUGAAGGGUGCGCUGUUGAGUGCACGUAACUUUCCUGCUAGUCGGGCUGGACGACUUGGUGGUCUUCCCGUCGGUGGACGGUGA